CCGCCGUGCCCGUGUGCGCGGGGAGCAGCGCUCCGCUCCGCGGGGCGCCAUGGGGCGGGCGGGCCGCCGGCUGCCCACGCUGGCAGCGCUCUUCUACGGGGCGCUGGCGGCCCUGGUGCUGCUGGGCGUGCGGGACGUGAUGUUCCUCUACGAGGAGAACCGGUGCAGCAUGACCUACAUGUACGAGUACCCCGAGUACCUGAAAAUAAAACUACCCAAGAAAACAGCCAGACGAUACCCAGCAUAUGAGCUGUAUCUCUAUGGGGAAGGGAACUAUGCUGAAGAAAACAAGCAUCUCCUAUUGACAGGAAUUCCAGUUCUUUUUCUGCCUGGCAAUGCUGGCAGUUACAAACAAGUACGUUCUCUUGGCUCCAUUGCACUUAGAAAAGCAGAAGAUGUUGACUUCAAGUAUCACUUUAAUUUCUUCAGUGUCAACUUUAAUGAGGAGUUGGUUGCAUUGUAUGGUGGUAGCUUGCAACGACAGACCAAGUUUGUGCAUGAGUGCAUAAAAGUAAUUCUUAAGUUGUACAAGGAUCGAGAAUUUGCACCGAGCAGUGUAGCAAUAGUUGGGCAUUCCAUGGGUGGUCUUGUUGCAAGAGCAUUGCUCACUCUGAAGAAUUUUAAGCCUGAACUUAUAAACCUGCUCAUUACACAAGCCACACCUCACGUUGCACCUGUAAUGCCUUUAGACAAAUAUCUUACUGAUUUUUAUACAGCUGUAAACAAUCAUUGGAUUCUAAAGGCCCAAGAUUUAAGAAAUUUAACUACCCUUUCUGUGGCGGGAGGAUUCAGAGAUUACCAAGUUCGUUCAGGACUGGCUUUUCUACCAAGAUUGAGUCAACAUGACAGUGCCUUAUCUGUUGUGAGCUCAGCUGUGCCUCGAGCUUGGGCCUCAACUGACCAUCUCUCCAUAGUGUGGUGCAAGGAACUGAUCCUGGCUACCAUUAGAGCUUUUUUUGAUCUCAUAGAUGAAAACACAAGGCAGAUAACUGAGGAUCCAAAGAAAAGAAUGUCUGUACUGAAUCACCACUUUGUGAGACACCCUGCAAAGAUGUUUGAGGAAAAUCCUGAAGCUUUUACACACCUCACAGGAGCUUUCAAUUGGAUUACAGUCAAAGCCUCAAAAUGGACUUACUCAGUUUACAAUGAUUCUGAUGGAAAAUAUUUUGCAUUUCCUCUUGCAAGCCACAGAAAAUCAUACAGUCAUGUUUACUGUGAAAAUAGUAUGUUGGACACAAGUAGCUGGAUUUAUGGCUGCAUGAACACUAAUUCAUCAAUGUGCCUGGAAGCUGCUGAUUUAUCCUGGAGAGCUGAGUUACUUCCAACCACCAAGGUUGUGAUGCUGAAACUUCUGGACUAUCCUUCUUUGUCCCACAUUGUCAUUCAGGUACCACCUGCAGUUGGCAAUAAGUAUACUUUGGGCUGUGAAUUCUUCACAGAGGAUUCCAGAACAGUCCAGCUCCCUGUAACACAUCUUUUUUCAUUUGGGUUUUCUUCAAGCAAAAUUCUGUUAAAUUCAACUGGAUUAUUUUACAAUGUACAGCUCCAGCACUUCAACCAAAUAUAUCAAGCUUUCAAAAUUUAUAUAGACAGUCACUGCCAGUCACUCAAAGAAAGAAAACCAAGUGUUUACAGACUUCAUAUUCCCUGGUCAUAUGAAGACUCAAUAACUGUAGCGAAAGUUCCAUCUCUUGCUGAGAUUUCUGCCAAACUGCACGUGGCUCAGCCUCACGGUGACAGCAGCCUUCCAGAGUUAAACAUCUACUCUUCCCCAGACUGUCAGUAUGAAGUAAUUCUGAAGACAUCACUUCUACAGGUCCUUGGCCAAAUAGUAAGAUUCCAUGCUGGUGCUUUUCCAGUCUAUAUUGUUUCUAAUAUUCUUCUUACUUAUGGAGGACAACUGAGCACACUAAGAUCAACAGGCCAGUGUUCAGACUUCUCCCUCGAGCUAGUUAGGACAGCAAAGCCCUACAAAGUAGAACCUCUUAUAAGCAUUGUUGUGUUUCUGCAGGGGUUUAACUGGUUUAGAGAGAUAUGGGAAUCACUGUCACUACCAGAGGUGGAUGCUGCUGUACUGAGUAGUCAGGAUGCAUGGUUCCCCCUUGUGUCCCUGAUUCUAUUUCUUUUUGGGACAGGCAUUGCCUACUGGAGUGGAGUAUUUUUCUCUACAUCUCUGAGACUCUUCUCUUCAUUAUGGUUAACUCUGAUUAGACCUACUGAACUUCAGAAAGAUGAUAAGUUGAUUACACCCAGCAGACUCUGUGGGAUGAUAUCUCUUGCUUUGGUUAGCUGGACCACUUGUGGUGCAUUUGCUGUGCUCAUUAUUUAUCUUCAAUACUUGUUCAAGGUGGUAAAACUGCAUGUAACUGUAAGAGCAGAGCAAAACAGGCACAACAGGGAUUCAGGCCACUCAAAAGAAACUUCACAGAACUCUAGUACACACACAGUCAAAGCCCAGAGUUCAGUGGACAGCAUUCCAGAAGCAACACAGUCUCCUUCCAACAGUAAAACACUUGCUGAAGCUGUUAACAGUCUUAAGAUGCACAUUACAGUCCUCAAUUUAUUCACGUGGAUUGUGCUGCUCAACUUGCCAUCUUUAAUUUAUUGGUUAAAAAAUCUCAGGUACAAUGUUAGACUUGAUCCUGAUCCCUGCAGAUCCACAGCUAUUAUCCUCGUAUGCAUCUUAGAAAUUCUAAUGAAUUCAAGUACUUCUGAAGUGAAAUCAAGUAAGCUCUUGAAGAUUGCAGCCAAAGUUCCACUCCCUUUGUCUGUUGCAAUGCUGGCCUUUGGACGAAUACAUUUAUACAGAGUCCCACACUUUGUAACCUUUUCUCUUCUUCUACAUGUGCUGUGCUGUUUUGUGUAAUGUUCAUUCUAUAUAGGACAAUGCACCCUAGAAACUUAACACUGGAGAUGGGAAAAAUUGCAACACAGAAAUGCCUAAACUAAUAUGAUCAGUAGUUUACAUUACAUGGGAAAGAGGACAGAACUGUGAAUACUUUACAGAAAAUUCAUGGUUUUAUUCAUGUUGCUUAGAAAACUUUUCCUGGUGUUUAUUUCAUGUCUCUGAAAAUGGAGUGACUUAACUGUGUACAAGCACAUGACUCAUAUCAGUGCAACAUCUCAAUACUCUGCCUUGUAGACACUUUGGUGUUUCACUGUACUGCUUGUGAAAACAGACCUUUUUUACUCACUGUGCCAUGCAGUGUCUGUGUUCUGAACUUGCAUCUCUUGCAGGUCUAAAGUAUGCUGGUUAAAACUCAAUACAUUUCAAGCACACUGUGACUAUCACAAAAACCACACAGCCAAGUAUACUUUGAAUUAUUUUAUGUUAUAUCCAAAAGCUGCCACAUUUGUGUCUAGACAAACUAGAAUGUACUGCUUAUAUAGAACUGUUAUUUCUAUCAAAUCAUUUGUUCAAUCAGUGUGAGUUGAACAUUUGUGAGAUUAUUGCAAGUCUUACACAUUUUACUUUUUGUGAGAGUGAGAAGACAACAGUAUUCUAUGUAGCUUUCUAUUCAGGAAGGAUACCAGCAGAUUCAUAAACAAUUUGCUGUAAUGUUGUUUUAAAACAUUGUCAGUUUUCUCUGGAAUCUUGAAAUUAAUCCUUGGACUUUGUCCAUAUGUAGAAGCUAGCAAACGCUGAGAUAUGGUGUGAGUUAACAGUGCAUUUGCUGCACUCUUUCUAUGUAGACAAGGCAGGCUUUUUUCCUAUUGUAAACAGAGGAAAUUUAUUUAUCCUAAUAAAUGCCAAUACAUAAAAUUAAUAUGGAAUAGUUACAACCCUGCAAGCUUCUGUCCUGCCAUACAGUGCUAACUUCUGCAUGUGGGCAAACUCAGUAAUAGUGGGAAAUACUGACCAUAAUUAUUAGCUCUGUAUAAAUUCUAUCUUAGUGCCUAGAUGCUACAGUGACUGCCAUUUAUAAUAAAGCCUACAAUAGCUAUGUGUAAGGAAUUCUGUCCCCUGGGCAUGUGUUUUGCCAACAGAAGAAAUCUCAGCAGUCUUUAGGUUUAAAUGAUGUGUUGAUUCUGUGUAGAGAUGAGCUUACUACUUGCUUCUGUGUUAGCUGUCUCUGCUGUGUCUGAGAUACCUGUGACCUUCAUCUGGAAAUACUAGACCAGCUCAAUCAUCUUAUAGGAAUAGCAAGAGGAAAUCUGCUGCUCACAGUCAAUCAAGUAUACUCUUGAUACAGUAGUACAGCCAGCCUGACCCAUUAAUUCCAUCACAUUUUAAUAAUCUUGCCUAAGUGCCUCCGUUAUUUCUAAGGUGUUGUUAGGGUCAAUUCCUUUGAGCUGGCUGGAAAGACUCAGUUCACACAGUGACUUUCCAAAAUGAAGGACAAAUAAGAAAGCCACGUGUGUUUUGUUUGCUUAUAUCCAUGUCAGCAGUUCAAAUUAUUAAUAAGUCAUUAAAAGUGCUGUAACUGAGUAAGGGUAUUGUAGUUAGCCAAACCACUGUCACUGUUAUCAGUAAUCUGUGUGCUGGUAUUCAAGUCUUAAUUUUUUCAAAAAACAGGGUUAGAUUAUAUAUAGUCUUUGUAAAUCAGAGAAGUUAUCUGAAUAGAUGAUAUCUUGAUAUUUUCUAAUCAAAUGUAUGCUACAUUAAUAUAUGUAUAUAAGAUAAUUUGUGUGACUUAAUAUACUUGUAGCUAAAUGCACCAGUUGGUUUAACUAGAAAUUGCUGUUCAAACAUAGAAGAGAGUUGUUAUACUUGGAAAUGGCUGUGAAUGAAAAAUGGUGGCAGAACUGCUUUUAGGGCUGGCAAAGGGCUGUGAAAUGUGCAGGGUCUGAUUUCUGUGGAAGAUAGUUUUCCUUGACUUCUGUGGUCCAUUUGGCUUACUACUCUAUUUUGCUUCUGAUCCAUUUGUUGGAACUGUUGGAAAUGAAACAGACUUGAUAUUUAGUAUCUUUGAUAGCUUUCAAAAUAUGCCAUAAAAUGAAACCUACUGAAUUACAGCAGCAUAGGAUAGCACGAUUUUUUUUUCAUUUGAUGAUUUUUUUUUUUUUAGCUGGAGUUCUAUUGAUGAUUGUUAGAACUCUUCAUAAAGUGAAUUCUGGUAUCUUGUGUAUUUUCCUGCCUGAUUUUCAAGUUGGAGGUAGGAAUAGGUAUAAUCCUGAGUCUGAGAUCCCAGAUAACAAGACUUUUUCACAUCUUCCUCAACACUCCCUUUUCUCAGAGAUGGUUUAUCUUUACUGGGGAAAGGAGGGGAAGUCUUACUCCUGUUUUGAAUUUAAAUGCCUUGUGUGCCAUUUAAUAUAUUUAAACUGUUGUCAGGGAUGUGUGUCUGGAUUGUGCAGUGAUCAUGGACUGGACAACUUCAACUGUUUGGCGGAUUAGGAGUCUAAUCCCAAUUAGAUUUGCCAUACAAUCAAUGGGUGGUAAUAGGAUUAGAACAAGUCUUAGAAUUCAUCCCAUUCUGAGAGAGGAUGAAUUCUCCUACUUGUCAUUCUGAAAAGGACUAGAUUUUGUAACAGUCUGAAAACAGUUGUUUUUCAGGUAAAAUACAAUGAUUGUUUGCUGUUACUUCUGAACAAGAAGCUUCAGUUAGGUGAAUCUGUAGUUCUGUCACUGUUCAGUUAUUUCAGCAGAAACAUAUGAUAACCCAAUAUAUCUAUGUAUAUCUAUGCUGUUAAUUGCAUAUGUAAGGAGAUGUAAGUAUUACUGAAAUAUCCUUUAUUAUGAGUUGUCUGCAUAUAAAACAGCUUUUGGCAAAUACACUAUAAUAUCUCUUACCAGCUUUAAUUACAUUAAAAUUCCACUUUAUUUUUCACAUUUUAAAUUAUCUAGACUGCAUGGGAGGAGACCAGGGCACAAAUUGUAAGGAUCUAUACCUCAGGAUGCAUUUAAAAUAAGAACUAUUUAUGUGGAUCUAAUACAAUUUUUUUAAUAAGCUUUCAGAAACAGAAUGAGGAAACAGGGUAAGAACUUAAAAUACUAAAUGCCACUAACGUUUGGAACAGCAGAAUCUUUCUUUGCCAGGGAGAGAUUUAAUGAGAAGCUUUGGAUGAUAGCUUCAUACCCUGAAAUUACUCUGGAAGUCUAUAAUCUUUCCUGCUUGAUGUCAUCAAACAUGUUCCUCACAGUCUCAUCAUGCUGCACGACACGUGUAGCUAACACUUCAUAGAAAGUCUCUAUGUGUCUGAUAGGGAAAAACUCACAUCUUCACUGGAAUGACCAAAUGUACCUUGGAACUGAGUGAAUUAUGUUGUCCAAAGCUAAUCUUAGUUGUGAUUUAAAAGUUGCAGUUUGGGGGUUUUGGUGGGAGGUUUCUUUGUAUGUUUUAUUUCCAAGAAACCUGCAGUAAAUGGCAUUUAAGUUAAUAUUAUUUCUGACAUUUAGAGUUCUGCCCUGAUUUUGGUUUUGAGUGAGCUAAUUCACAUAGCAAACCAUUCCUUACUAUUAAUUUGCUAUGUUUCAAGACAAAUAGAUGAACAAUGACAAAACUGUAAGCAGUGCAGUAAUGCAUUGCAGAAGGCAUAGAGACUGCUGGUAUGUCUAAGUGAAUUUUUCAUCUAUAACCUAAUUGGACUACCUUUAAAGUCAUUGAUUAAUAAAAUAAAAUGUAUUGACAUUUAACCUCAAAAGCAUUGCAUAUGUCAAUGUUUGAUACAUCUCAUUUUCCAUGUGUUUGCCAGUAACAAGUGAUAAACUCACUUGGUGUUCUUCUGAAAUCUGAUAAAUCUGAUCCAUCUGACAGCACAGAAUAAAGUCUGUUAUGUAGUCAUUAAUAAAUGUAAACAUUUGAGAAACUUCCAUUUGAAUCAAGUUAUUUCAAUACAGGGUUGAGUGUGUUUAGACUUUUGUUGCAUUUAUACUGAGAUAAAACCAGCCAUUUACUGACCUUUAAUACUCCAAGCUAUGAAAAUGUUUUUGGAAGUGCAUGUAGAGUCUGUACAGAAUUGUGCUGCUGUUCUAAGUCACUAAGCUACUAGAAAAUUGCUAGUUGUAAAGUAGACUGAAUUCUUAGUGCUUAUUUUCCAUUUAAUGUUUUAAUGAAUAAUGUUUCUCACUUAAUUUACAGCUUUGACUUUUUGCAUCUCCUUUUUUUUUUUCCAGGAGAAAAUCAGUCUAGCUUUUGCAAGCAUUUGCACUGUAAAAUAUAAAAUGUUCAUCACAGUUCCUUUAGGGGAGUUAUACUUUUGUCACCAAAGCUACAUGCUGCUGUUGUAUAACCUCUAGGAAAUAUGUGACAAUGAAGGACAAUUCAAAACUAGUCAGGUUUUUAUUUUAAAGUACAAUUUCUGCCUUUUUUUUUUAAAGCCAGAACUUUGAACUAGAAUGUUAGAAUCCAUAAAGUCUUAAAAAAUUUGAAAACCUUUUGCAAAGACUAUGCUUUCUGAUGUAUAUUUUUAUUUAUGGGUGAAUGUGUUCAAAGCUUUUAAUCAGCUCAUCUAUCUUCAAACUCAAGUAAAAAGUAUACACUUUGUCUUAUUAGUAGGCACUGCUGCUUUUAAAAAUGAAUUUUAAGCAUUUAGAGAGAAAAUUCCAUAGCUUUUACUUAAGCAAAUCUGCCCAGCCCUCAAUUUUUCAGGUGUCUAAGCACAUAACUGCCUCAAAUAUGUGCUUAUUGCCUUGUAGGAUGAAAACCUGAACUGUGAUAUUUUGAAUUUAUUUUCUUAAGAUGUAAGGUUUCUUUCUGCAUUUUUAAAUGUAGACAGAUUUUGCUAUUCAUGCUGUCAUAAACAAACCUUGUAAGCAUUGCCUCCCUGCAGUUAUUGGCAGCUUCUGCUCUGGAUUCUGUAGGAAUGUGUGAAGUCAGAGCUGAGUUUGUCUCUAAAAAUCAUAAUAUUUGUUAUUUGUGGCACAUCAUUGCAGGUCCUCCUUCCCCAUGCAGCUCUCUCUGCUUUGCAGUGUCCCUGGCAGGAAGUGCAGCAGCUGUGUCCUGUAGACUCCUGUUUGUUAAAAUAUCAGCCAAGUGUUUUCCCCCUCCAACUUCAAUAAUUUCAGGGCAUAUCUAAGUAUCAAAUGUGCAAGUGUGUUGAUGUUUAUUUUUACAAAAGGCUAAGUGCACUAUUUUAGGAUCCAUUCAGGCUUCAGUAUUUUCCACCCACUUCAGUCUGAGUUUGGAGACAGGAUUUGAGACUGCAGCACCUGACAGCUGGAACACUUUACAGAAGUCUACAGGUAGUAGACAGGACACAUAUAAUUAGAGUGCCAGACCAAAACUGAAAUGUGAAAUUUCUCACUGUGACUUUAAACUUGUAGCUUUCUAGAGGGAAAAAAAAAAUAUAUGUACUGUGCCUUAAAUCAGUAAAUGAAUACACUCUUAACUGUAGCCUGUGGACUUCCAUAGCCUUAUAUUUGAUUUUUGAAGUUGACCAAAAAUAUUUGUGUGGAUCAUACUGAAACUUGAUUUGGGGAAAAUGCUUAAAAAGUUAUUUUGACCCCAUUUUACACUUAGAGAAAUGAAGAUUUAUGACAAGUAGAGCAUAUUUUUUGUUUGGAAUCACACCAACCAAAGUCAGAAAGCUUUAGCUGACCUGAAUUUUUCAAGCCUUUCUCUUGUUGACCAAAAGAAAACUAAGGAAGGAAAACGAGCUGCAGAUAUCUGUCUCAGCUUUGAAGUCUGUGUGUCAAAUUAUUUUUAAGCAUUUUGAUCUUUAGUCCUCAAAAAUAAUUUUAAAAAUCUCUUAAUUUUAGUUUAAGCAAAGUACUGUUUUGAAGCCAUUAAAUAGCAAAAUCUUCACCAGUGUGAGAAGAAAACUAGACUGGGGUGGGGUUGAUUGUUUGUGUUAAGGCUCCAGAAGUUUUGAGUACUAAAUUUUACUUUUUAGGAAAAAUAUUCACAUAUAAAUCCCUGAAAGUUCACAUGUAGAUUCCCUUUUUUGGAGAAAAAUUAAAACUACAUUUUUUUAAUCCUAACUCAUUAAAGAAAACUAGAAAUACUUAAGAUCUUAAAAUCUUGUUUAAAUAUAGCAGAAGGAUUUCUUAUGUAUAUUUUUUAAUACAAAGAACUCAGGAAAAGCCACUGCUGGCUUUUCUUAUUUGUCUCUAGAGGAUUCUUUGUGUGUUUUGAACAAAUCCCCCAAAUUCUGAUUUCCCCAUCCCAUAUAGCACUGAACCUUGGAAAGUGGUGCCAUCUCAGAGCUUAUUGUUGUACUGGGGGUAUUUAGACAUGCACACAAACAACUAACUGCCUGUCAGCUGGGCACAGAGCUGGUUUGAAGCAAUCCACAGCAAAGUUAUAAAACAUUUCCUUUCAUUGAGCUCCAACUUCAGUCUGGGUGCCAAUCUUUGUGUCUUCUCCAUUGCUUAAACUCAUUCCAGUCACCUCACUUCUUAUUUUGUGGUGAUGUUUCAGCACUCCUGGCCAUUGGUGAUUUUCUAGCCACUGGAAUAUUCUAGUAUUGAAACCCUUGAGAAGGCAGAAUUACCUUUAAGGCCUUUAUGUAUGAUGGUAGCUUGAGGAAAAACUGUUUAACUGGAUUUCCCACUGCACUUUUAAUUGUUUUUUCAAGCACAAAGACAGAAUAAUGUUGGCCAAAAUACCUGGUUUGGGUGAUUAGUGGGGAGGGAAGGAUUUGUUGGUUGUGAAAGGACUUAAAACUUUGAAGAAAACAUGUAAUUUUGGGAAAAAUCUUAUCACUUCUCAAGCAAUCUGUCUUAGAACUUUUUAACUCUUCCUCUGUUUUCAGUUCUUAUGUAGCUACCAUAAAUGUGAUGUUGUACAAGAACUCUUAAUAUUUACAGGUUUUUAGAGAUGUUGACAGGGUCUUAUCUAUACAUGUUUGAAUAAUGCUACAGCAAAUUACUGUCCUUACAAAAAUGUUUAAAACUAAGUUCUUACAGAUCGUGUCAUGUAUCAUAAACUUCAACAAAGUCCUUGCCUUGUGAGAUGCUGAGGAAACCUUGGAGAAGAGGCUUUUUCAGAUGAUGUUGUAAUCGCUGAAAGAUGAAAUCUCAUAGUCUUUAAAGACUGCAUUUAGAUACUUUUUUUCUUGUAGUUGAGGGCAGCUUGAUUGGGAGCUGCUCUGGGAUGUUCCUAUUUUGUUUCGUGGUUUCCCUGGCUGCAGUGUGUACUUCAAUUUUUUUUGGUCUCUUUUUUUUUUACCUAAGUGUGCAUGAUUUAAGUACAUUGUGUAGCAAAUCCUCUCUAAAGAAACACUUCUGUAUAUCUUUGUAUGGUGUUCCAACGUGCUUGCAUUGGUACAAAUGGUUGUAACUCACAAGAAGUGCCACUUGCCAGUGCUGCUCUGUGGAGUGCUGUGUUACCUGUAUGCUGUUGUACAAACGCUGAUGGGAGUUGUGAGCAACGUCUGCCUCUAGUCCUGGCUCAGGUACUCGUGUGGAGCACUUUGGUGCUUUUCCUUCUGACUUGUAAGACUUGGGAUUCUAAGCAGAAAAUAAAAGUAGUGAACAAAA